AUGGCCUCCACCAACCUCAAACUCUUCGGCUUCAACUUAACCAACGAAGAACCCUCCAGCUCCACCAUAACAGCCACCUCCUCCACCACCGACCAAAAGAAAUACGAAUGCCAAUACUGCUUCAGAGAGUUCAUCAACUCCCAAGCCCUCGGCGGUCACCAGAACGCCCAUAAGAAAGAAAGACAAGAGCACAAACGCAGCUUAGCCGCCGCCGCCUUAGCUAAUUAUAACAACACUAUUCUCUCCGCCUUCUUCUCUUCUUCACAAUUUUCUCCACCUGAUCACGUACCCUUCAAUGUGUCCUAUGGCUCCGGAGCACGCGCCGCUCCCUAUAGAAAUGAUAUCGUGGUGGCGUUCGGUGCGGACGGAUAUAGUGGCCACGUGGCCGGAGGCCGGAAGGACAAUUUUAGUGGGCCCGAUGAGGUCUGUGGGGUCGACUUACACCUCAGCCUUGCUCCAGCUGGCUCGCCAGCCUGA